ACAUCAUUAACCCCAUCUCAUUCCUGUGGUACACAUGAGAAUUGGUUCUAUGAUGAAACUUCACGGAGCUGCUGUUACCAGUGUCCCUCAGGCUAUGUUAAAAAGAAAGCGUGUCCUAGGCACCCCGAUGAAGACUGCAUGAGAUGUGGACCUGAACAAUAUGUGAAUGAAGAAUUCCAAAAGCCACGAUGUGACGCUUGCGUGUCAUGUGCAAAAGAGUCUGACCUUGUGGAGAAAGAGCCCUGUUCCUUCAAUUCUAGCCGCGUGUGUGAGUGCCGACCAGGCCUGUUCUGUCAAACCGCUGUUCUGAACACCUGCGUACGAUGCCAGCAGCACUCUCUUUGCCAGCCUGGUUUUGGAGUCAAAGUCAGAGGCACCUCAACAAAUGAUGUUACCUGUGAAGAGUGUCCUUCUGGGACCUUCUCUGAUCUGACCUCCAGCACUGACAUCUGCAAGCCCCACACGAACUGUGCCAAGUUAAACAAAGUAGCACUAAUCAAAGGAAAUGCCACACACGAUCAGGUAUGUGGGGACCAAUUGCCCACCUACCUCACCCCAAGCACUUUCACCAUGAGAGUCAGCAAUGAAACAAGUAACUCUGACCUAAGGAGGCUUGAGGACAACCUGGUGACCACUGAUAGUAUCCUCUUACGUGCCACAACGGAAAACCCCACUUUCCCCACCUCAGCCAGGGAGGAGAUGACAAUGGGAGGUCUAGUUCUCUGGGGAGUGGUUCUCUCUGUGAUAGUGCUACUUGUGGGCAUGCUGUUAUUUUGGAAACGGAAGGUUUGCAAGAAGCGGAUCCUCAUCCUCAAAGGAAAGCCACACCUGCAUUCCGUCCUUUCGCACAAAUCGGGCCUCAGGUCUCAAGGUUCUGAACUAGUGAACAAAUACGCAAAGAUGGUACUGACUACUGACAGUGAGCCAGAAGAGAAGGAGUUAAUUGCCAGAACCCCCCCUUUGGAAACCAACAAUAACUUGGUCUCCAGCACAGAAAAAACACAUAGUCCCGAUGUGAGUCUGACUGAUGUGACACAGAGCAAUGGAAAUGCCCCAGAAUGCCCUGCUGAUUCUCGAGUGAGAGACCACACAAAUAAUCGAAUUGAGAAAUUAUACAUCUUGAAUGCCGACACUGUUAUUGUGGGGUCCAUUUCAGAAGUGCCUAGUGGCAAAAACUGUGCUGCUAGAGGAUCUGAAAGCAAUGUCGAUGCCCAAGAAAACGUGGAAAAGGAACUGGCAAUGCACUAUCCAGAGCAGGAAACAGAGUCUUUCCCAGGGAAUGAUGUAAUGGUUCCUGUGGAAGAGGAGGGAAAAGAAUUUCAUCACCCCACCACUGCCUCUGAAAAGUGA